AUGGCUGCUGAUGCGGGGAAUGACGGCAGCAUGUCGCCUGAAAUGCCAUUGCAAGGUGAUCAGGCCAAACACGUGGCAUCCGGUUUGCAAGCGCCAUCGCUUGCUUUGAGGCUUAUCCCAUGUGAUCGUUGUGGAACUCAGAUCCAAAUGAAAGUUGGUGCUUCUUUGCAGUUCUGUGGCAAGGAUACCAGCAAGGAAAAGACAUUUCACUUGCAGGCCGCUAAGGCAGGUAAGGAGCAGGAGCUUGUGAACUUGAAGAAGACAGACCCACAACGAUAUCUAUCCUUGUUCAACACCUUCUGUGACGGGUUGCAGAAGGGGCCAGGACGCCCAAAAGCCAGCACAGCCGAAGGAAAGCCAAAGUCCUUUGAUUUUGCUGUGUUGGAUGAACAUCGUCAGAUCGGCGAGCGAAAGCAAGUAGGUGUCCGCAGUGUUCCCAAGUGCUUCCAAGACUAUGUAGAUUUCUACACCGGGAAGACAGGGGAAGUUCCAUCUUGUCAACGUUUGUCCCGUGAAGGGGCAGAGCACAGGUGGAAGAGGGAGUUCGCGGAUCGUUCUGUGGAUCGGGAACAACUCAAACAAUUCAACGAGCUAGGGGAAUGGACUGGUGGCUAUGCAUGGGCCUUGUAUGUGGAUUUGCCACGAGAGAAGUCCCGAAUCCAAUUUGACGACAAGUUCAUGGACUUGAAGAAGCAGGUUGGGCAAAUCAAAAAUCCGGGGGAGGAGGCUGCGCAGAAUAUGGAGGAGCAGUGCAAAUCCUUAGCCACCAGCUUGCGCGAUGACACUGAGGAGUUCUAUGUGAUGCCAUCUACCGCUGCUCCACUAGCUGGGGGCAAGGGAAAGGGCAAGGGGACCAAGCCCAAGAACACCAAGCCGCCCAAGGGUGGACCUUCUGGCCCUUCUGGCAGUGUGGUGACAGCGUCGAUGACAUCAAGGCGUUUGUCAAUGAGACCUUUCAAUGAUCUCAAGAGAAACUUGACAACGGCGAUUGCGUCCGCCAAGCACCUCUUGGCGAAGGUUCGGGAUGAUGAAGGGAUCACGGAGGACAUGUUCGACACCCACCCAGCUCUGCGUGAAAUCAACAAGCGAUUGACCAUGGCUCAAUUUGCAAACGAUCCUGACGUUGACCCAGUCCGUGGUCAGUCAAUCUCAGCAUCUUUGUGGGCCUUGAUGAAGGAUGAUGCCUUCUUUGUUGAGCUUGGAGCGCUAAGGGAAGAAGCACAAACGGUGGGCCAACUGUCAGUGUUUCGCAACAAUUCUGACCUUUUGGGAUGUGUUGACGACGUCCACACCGGGUACGAGCUGCACGGCAGGGCACUUGUGCAUAUGAACAGCCUGGCCACUGGUUUGAUUACGUCAGCCAAACAAUUUUCACAACAAGCAGCUGCCGUCAAAAAAGCCCGGGAAUUGGAAAUGAAGGAAGAACAGAAGGAGCUGGCUCGUGAGCAAAAGCGUCAAAAGACAGAGCAAAAGAAGGAACAGAAGUUGCGGGAUAGGCUGGCAAAGAAGCAGCAGGCAGAGAAGAAGGAGGAAGACCAACAGGAGCAGGAGGGCGAGGUCGAGGAUGAGAACAAAAAGCGAUCAGCAGGGCCCGGAGGGCCGACAACGGAGAUCCCACCUCAGAAGAAGCGCAGAGCCCCUGCAAAUGUAUGGUCAGAGUUGACUGAUACAGAUCCACUAGUUCUCCAAUCAAAGUUCACGGAUUCAGCAAUACAGGUGGUGGAAGACUUUGAACCUUGCAAAGACUAUUGCAAGCUUUACAAAUUGUUGCCUUGAUUUGGAUGUUUGAUGUUGGGCCCAAUUCCCAAGAUCCAAGUUCUAUUUUCAUCUUCCCAAGUUCCAAGUUUUGGAUCAGGACUUGGGACUUCAGUACUAUGCAGAUUGUCAGCCAGUCAUAAUCCGUGCGAGAAGGGCAACUUUGAAAAAGGUUCUGGAAGCUCGGAGUUUCGCCUUGCAUGUUUUUGUUGGGUGAUGGCUGGGGUAGUUGUUUGUUUAUGUGUUUUUGUUGGGAAGUUCAUGUUUCUUCCAGGGGGUCAGG